AUGGCGGAAACUAUGCAAGUCCUUGUGUUUGGCGACGUGACAGCCGAUUACGAUGCAGGGUUACGCAUACUCGUCUCCAAAACCGACAAUCCUCUACUUACCGCCUUUUUCGACCAAGUGGCCUUCUCUCUCCGCGCUGAGAUAGGCCAGCUAUCUCGUUCCCAACGUAACCUCCCUGGUCUAGUGCGCUUUACUACCAUCAUCGACCUAUUAGCCCGUCUUCGCGCAUCUGACAUACGCCAUCAUGCGUUAGAGAAGGCUCUUACAUGUGUACAUCACUUUGCUAGCUUCAUCAGUCACUAUGGCCAGGCAGAGACGCCUUACCCAGAUCCAGCAACAACUCGUCUCGUUGGUCUUUGUACAGGCAGCCUUACUGCAGCAGCCGUCAGCUGCACUCGGUCACUGAACGAGCUCAUCCCUCUUGCUGUGCAAGUCGUCUUGGUGGCGCUUCGUGUCGGCUUUGCCGUUACUGAUGUACGCGAUCGAAUCAGCCCGGCUCAAUCAGACCAAUCAUGGUCUGUUAUGAUCCCUGGUCUUACUGGUAAUGCUGCUGUACCGUACCUCGACAAGUUCAUCGAAGAGACAUGCCUUACCAACGUGUGGAAACCGUAUGUCAGUGCAUAUGCUGGUACCGGUGUGACGAUCAGUGGCCCUCCCAGCACUAUUGAUCGCCUGCUCCGCUCGAAGAUCCUUCCAAAGCCAAGUGCGAUCAAAUUUCGCGUCCAUGGGCCCUAUCACGCCUCCCAUCUCUUCUCAGCGAACCUCUUGGACGACAUUAUUGAAGCGUCGCACAAGAGCUCGCUUUUGGACCGCAAUGCUUUCAUUCCUGUCUGUUCUAGUACUGGCACCGGUAUUUGCACUGGUACGAGCUUGGUGGAUCUUCUAAGGAAUGCCGUCUCCGAAAUUCUAAUCUCUCCUCUUCGACUUGACGACGUCUGCAAGAGUCUUUCCAAUGAUUUAUCACAGUGUGGCCUCGAUGACUGCGUCGUCUUGCCUGUCGCUACCUUGGCAGCGCAGGCAAUUUCAAACCAGUUGAAGACCACUAUUACGAACGUCAGCAUCAACAAAGGCAUGAUGAGCAAUGCAAGCACUCCCGGCGCCGCUAGCGGCAACUUGGCCCAAGAUAAAUUGGCCAUCAUUGGCUACUCUGGUCGAUACCCAGGUGCGAAGGACAAUGAAGCAUUCUGGCAGCUGCUCCACGAGGGUCGAGAUGUCGCGUCGAAAGCUCCGAAGACAAGAUGGGAUAUAGCUACGCAUGUCGACCCUACUGGAAAAAGGAAGAACACCAGUGCGACGCCUUUUGGAUGUUGGCUUGAGGACCCGGGUCUCUUCGAUGCUCGCUUCUUCAGUAUGAGCCCGAGAGAAGCACCACAAGUUGAUCCUGCCCAACGGCUUUCCCUUAUGACUGCUUACGAGGCCAUGGAGAGCGCCGGACUAGUUCCUGAUGCCACGCCGUCAACCCAACGCGAGAGAGUCGGAGUAUUCUACGGUACCACAAGCAACGACUGGGGUGAGACGAACAGUUCCCAAGACGUUGAUACCUACUACAUCCCUGGGUCUUGUCGUGCUUUCAUUCCUGGCAGACAGAAUUACUACUUCAAGUUCAGUGGGCCUAGUUAUAGUGUGGAUACAGCAUGUUCGUCAAGCUUAGCUGCAAUGCACGUCGCGUGUAAUGCUUUGUGGCGUGGCGAUAUCGACACCGCCAUUGUUGGAGGUACAAACGUCACCACCAAUCCCGAUAUCACGGCAGGUCUUGAUCGCGGCCAUUUCCUUUCCAGAACAGGAAAUUGCAAAACCUUCGAUGAUGACGCGGAUGGGUACUGUCGUGGUGAAGGUGUCGUAAGUCUCGUUGUUAAACGUUACGAGGACGCGGUAGCCGAUAACGACCCAAUCCUCGCACUGAUCCGUGGUGCAUACACCAAUCACUCGGCAGAGGCUGAGAGCAUCACCCGACCGCACGUCGGCGCUCAGAAAGCAAUUUUCGAGAAGGUGCUGACCUCCGCAUGCGUCGAGCCUGACACCAUUGGGUACGUAGAGAUGCACGGUACCGGGACGCAAGCAGGCGAUGCGCGCGAGAUGGAGUCUGUCCUAUCUACGUUCUCCCAGAAACCUCGAGUAGAACCACUGUACCUCGGAUCUGCCAAAGCCAACGUUGGGCAUGGAGAGUCAGUGUCCGGUGUUAUAGCGUUGGCCAAAGUGCUCCUGAUGCUGGAGAAGAGUCUCAUCCCGCCUCACUGCGGAAUUAAGAACAAGAUCAACUCUAAGUUCCCGACAGACCUAAAGCAACGCAACGUGCAUAUAGCCAUGACUUCGACCCCGUGGACUCGCCCAGCCAAUCAGCCUCGCCGCGCCCUUAUCAAUAACUUCUCGGCGGCCGGAGGUAACAGCUCCAUUCUGGUCGAAGAUGCUCCCGUCAGAGUAAGGGCUAAGCUUUCGGAUCCAAGAACAUCGCACAUGGUAGCUAUUUCAGCGAAGUCAAGCACUGCGCUUGCUGCGAAUGCAAAGUCUUUGCUUAGCUUUAUCGAGAAGACUACACCAGAACUUGCAAGUAUGUCCUACACCACGACGGCUCGCCGCACGCAUCACAGUUUCCGCAUCGUAGCAAACGGCUCAACCCUGGCAGACAUUCAGUCUGAUCUAGCACGAAAGAUUGAUGUCUUACAUAAAGUCAAGACUGUAAAGAAAGUGCCAUCGGUAGCGUUUGCCUUCACCGGACAGGGCAGCCAGUACUUCGGCAUGGGGAGUGAGCUUCUUCGAUUUCAAACUUUCAAGCAAAACAUGGAGCGACUUAAUGCACUAUGCUUGACGAUGGGAUUCCCGGCUGUCCUACCGUUAAUCUUGGGAGGAGUGGGAGAUAUGACAUCCCUUCCUCCUACCACGGUACAGCUGGCUGCGUGUUGCAUCCAGAUGGCUAUGGCCAAGCUUUGGCAGUCAUGGGGUAUCCAGCCUUCUGCGGUCGUUGGCCAUAGUCUCGGCGAAUAUGCAGCUCUCAACGUCUCCGGGGUGCUUUCGGAUGCUGACACUAUCAAACUUGUUGGAUACAGAGCCCAACUGCUGGUCGACAAGUGUACGCAGGAUAGCCAUGCCAUGCUUGCAGUUGGUGCUUCGAUCGAGGACAUCCAAGCUCAUGAUCUCAGCUCUUGCCAAUAUGAGAUCGCAUGCUUGAAUGGUCCGCGCGAAGUCGUACUGAGCGGGACGAAUGAGAAUAUCGAUGAGCUUCACCGAAUCUUCUCCAAAACGAACUUCCGGCUGUCUAGGCUACGUGUACCAUUCGCUUUCCAUUCUUCGCAGGUCCAAACCAUCCUGGAGGAUUUCGAGCAUGCCGCCAGCACUGUCGAGUUCCAUGAGCCCCGCAUCCCAGUGCUCAGUCCUUUGCUAGGCGAGGUUAUCGCCGGAGGUGGCGUCUUUGGUUCCUCUUAUCUGGCUCGUCAUUGUCGCGAGAAGGUUGACUUUGCUCGAGCCAUAGCGACAGCGAGGAACUCUAUCAUCACAGAUCAAACUAUCUGGGUUGAGGUCGGGCCCCAUCCUGUCGUGUCAGGGCUUUUGCGCUCCAACAUUGACUCAGUAGUGGCCGUACCUACCCUUCAGCGGAACAAGGAUACCUGGAAAGUCCUUACGGGCUCCUUAUCCACACUCUACGGUGCCGGAGCGGACAUUUUCUGGGGUGAAUACCAUCGUGAUUUCGUAGAAUCGCUGUCUGUCAUCCGCCUCCCGGCAUACAACUGGGACCUGAAGAACUACUGGAUGCAAUACGUGAACGAUUGGUCCUUGUACAAGGGCGACGCUGCUUUUCUAAACGGCAUAGGUAAAGCGCCGCUCUCAACAACAUCCGUACAGAAACUCAUCGAGGAGACAACUGAAGGCACGAAGGUUACGGUCGUUGGCGAAUCUGAUCUUGCCCGUGCUGAUCUUGACCCCAUGAUUCGUGGUCAUCGGGUCAACGGCGUUGCUUUGUGCACCCCCAGCGUCUACGCCGAUAUGGCGCUCACAAUCGGAGACUACGUGCGCAAGCAGAAGCCGGAGCAUGUUGGCUCUCUUGUCGACGUUCAGCAUAUGGAUGUGCAGCGACCUCUAGUUGCCAAAAGUCCGGGUACUGGCCCUCAAAUGUUGCGCGCUAUUGUGACCUUCGACUGGGCCACCGCCACCGGGUCAUGCGAGUUCACGAGCGUUACGCCCGAAGGCAAGAAGCUUGUCAAGCAUGCUGAAUGCGGCCUCGCCCUUGUCAAACUUGACGAAGCAUUGUCCGAACAACAGGCAAAGGCACCUAGUAUUCUGGCACGUAUCGAGCAACUCAAGCAGGGUAUCGUAUCCAACCCGCGCAUACAGAAAAUGACAGGAAAUACUGGAUACAAGUUAGUGUCCUCGUUAGCGUCCUACGACGAGGACUUUAAAGGCGUGUCCGAAGUGGUGCUCGAUAGCGCCAACUUCGAAGCCACUGCGAAGGUGGAAUUUGGUCACGCCGAUCGGAAGGGCAUAUACCAUGUCAACCCACACCUUAUCGACAACUUCGGCCAGCCGGCGCUGUUUAUCAUGAACGCGAAUGACACUUCUGAUCUUGACAAAGAGGUCUUUGUCAACCAUGGCUGGAAAUCCCUACACUUCUACAAGGAGGUAUCUAUGGACAGGACAUACACCUCAUAUGUCAAGAUGAGCGGGCCGAAGGACGAUGGCAUGUACAGCGGUGAUAUGAUUGUUUUCGAGGACUCCGAGGUUGUGGCGUCCUUCCUGGGUAUCAAAGCUCAGGGCGUGCCUCGCAGGCUUAUGAACUACAUUGUUCAUAUGAGAGAUGAUACCAAAGCUGGACCUCCACGCGGCGGGACGCAAGGGCUGAUGGAUCAACACCAUGUGGCUCCUAAGAUACCUGUUCACGGUGAACCUGCAAAUGCCGAGGUCGCGGUCGACGCAUCUAUUUCCCCUGAGUCCCCAACGAACACAUCGUGGUCCGAGGCUCUAAGAAUCAUCGCGGAAGAAAGUGGCGUGCCGGUAUCAGAUCUCACUGAUGAGACCUCCUUCGCUGAUCUGGGCGUCGACUCCUUGUUGUCCCUCCUCUGUGCCAGUCGUUUCCGCGAAGAGCUUGGGCUAGCGCACGAAUCUGAAGUAUUCGCCGACCACCCCACUGUCAAGCAACUUCGGAACUUCUGGACCAGUGGAGAUUCUGCACAGCCUGCGACUGGUGUGCCAGCUGGUCGCGAUGCUAUCCUCCAUUCCAUGUUCCACGACGAUCCCGAUACGUCCGCAUCCUCCACCGACGGCGACUCCUCAUCGUUCGAGCUUGUAAACACGGGAAAAACUACUCCCACGAUACCCGCCGAGACAGCAACAUCGCUCCUACUCCAAGGCAACCCUGCCGUGCCCGGUACCGUCAAGACUCUGUUCAUGCUCCCCGACGGUUCAGGCUCAUCCUCCUCCUACGCAUCAAUCCCGCGGAUCCACCCGUCUAUCGCCGUUGUAGGCCUCAACUGCCCAUUUAUGAAAACGCCCGAUCGCUACACGUGCGGUAUUGAACCCAUCUCAGAGGCCUACGUACGCGAGAUCCAGCGCCGGCAACCCAAAGGUCCUUACUCGCUCGGCGGCUGGUCCGUAGGUGGGAUCUUCGCCUUUGAUGUAGCGCAGCGUCUCGUCUCCGCCGGCGAAGUCGUAAACGACCUCGUUCUGAUCGACUGUCCUGUACCGAAGGGGCUCGACCACCUACCAAGAAGGUACUAUGAGUACUGUGAUGCUGUGGGCCUAUUGGGAGAAGUCAAUGGGGUCAAGCGCGCGCCACCCGCUUGGUUGCUCCCGCACUUUGAAGCUUGCGUCAACAGUCUACAUGAACACCAUGCUCGUCCGUUUUCCCCUAUCACGGCACUUCCCAAAACAAGUAUCAUCUGGGCUUGCGAUGCUAUUGACAAGUUUGUCGAACCCAAGUUCGAACGUAGGCAAGAUGAUCCUGAGGGGUUGAAGUUCUUGGUCGAGGCUAGGAAAGAUUUUGGAACAAGCGGUUGGGAGGCGCUGUUGCCGGAAGAGAGCUGUGGUUUGUUUGCUGUUGAGGGGGCGAACCAUUUCAGUAUGAUGAAGGCGCCUUUUUCCAAGACGUUGAGUGAGUAUAUGGAGGUUGCUCUUAUGGGAUAA